AUGUCUGUCCUCCGCACCGCCGUAGGCCUCGCCUCAUUGGCAGCCUCCGUCUCCGCCCACGGCUAUGUCCAGGGCAUCGUCGCCGAUGGCACUUACUACGAGGGCUACAACCCAAGUUUCCAAUACCAGCAGACUGCACCUUCCGUUGCUGGCUGGAGCGACCCGGAGAAUCAGGCCAAUGGAUUUAUUGCACCGUCUGCUUUUGCAGCCCCGGACAUUGUAUGCCAUCUUUCGGCCACCCCUGGUACCGCGUCUGCCACGGUUGCUGCUGGUGGUACGGUUGAGCUCCAGUGGAACACAUGGCCAGAAUCCCACCACGGUCCAGUCCUCGACUACCUUGCUCCAGUCUCGGCUGAGAACUGGUCUGACAUCGACAAGACUGCUCUGUCCUUCUUCAAGAUCAGCGAGGGUGGUCUCGUAGACGGCUCAUCUUCUCCGGGCAGUUGGGCUUCCGAUCAGCUCAUCGCCAACAACAACUCCUGGGCAGUCACGAUCCCGGAGUCCGUCGCUCCAGGAAAGUACGUCCUGCGUCACGAGAUCAUCGCUCUCCACUCAGCCGGUCAAGAGGAUGGUGCUCAGAACUACCCACAGUGCAUCAACUUGGAGGUCACGGGUAGCGGUACUGCCAGCCCUGAGGGUAUCGCGGCUACUGCCAUGUACAAGAAGGACGAUGCCGGUAUCUUGGUCAACAUUUACACUACUGGCUACGAAUACCAGAUCCCUGGUCCAACUCUUUGGAGUGGUGCAGCAGCUGCAGCAAGCCAGACUGGUGUCGCCGCCACUGGUACCGCCGCAGCUGGAAGCGCAGCAUCGAGCGCCAGCGCCGUCGCUACGUCUGCUCCAGCCGUCACCUCCGCGCCAGUGAGCACUUCUGUCGCCGCACAGAAGAUGCAAGAAGAGACUGCCGAGCCAAGCUUCUACUCCGGCUCUGACUCCUCAUCCACCGCCACCGCAGACGCCGGCGCCACAACAGCAACAACCUCUUGCACCACAACCGUCUACGUCACAGCCACUGACGCCGUAACCGUCACCGGAGCAGCACCAUACUCGGCAAUCGCCACUCUCGCCUCCGCCAUCCCAUCCGAGGCUCUUACUUCCACCCUCCCCGUAUACUCCGCUGCACCAGCCCCAACCGGCGGCUACGCUGGCAACGAGAACGGCACCAUCCACUGGGGCGAUCUCCCAUCGAAGCCUCUGCCUGAGGGCUGGUGCCUGAAGGACCUGCUGCAGUGGGUGGCGUACCUGCUCAAGCAGAGCUGGACCAAGGGUGACCAGCGCAACCACGCUAGAGACUUCAAGGAGGCGGGUGAUGUCAAGCUGUUCAAGAGCUUUGCGAAGGCGAUGCUUUAG